AUGACGCGCUCGACGGCGGCCACGGCGGUCGCGUGCCUAGUCUUGGCUUUCCUCCUCCUGCCGUCGGCGGCGUUGGCGGCGGAGUACGUCAAGUACAAGGACGCGAAGCAGCCCAUCAAUGAGCGCGUGCAGGACCUCCUCAGCCGGAUGACGCUCGAGGAGAAGAUCGGCCAGAUGUCGCAGAUCGAGAGGGCCAACGCGACCGCCGAAGUCAUCGAGAAGUACUUCGUUGGUAGCGUGCUCAGCGGCGGCGGCAGCGUGCCGGCGGAGAAGGCGUCGGCGUCAGUGUGGCAGAAGAUGGUGACCAAGAUGCAGAAGGCGGCGCUCAAGACCCGGCUCGGCAUCCCCAUCAUCUACGGCAUCGACGCCGUGCACGGCAACAACGACGUGUACAACGCCACCAUCUUCCCCCACAACGUCGGCCUCGGCGCCACCAGGGACCCCCACCUCGUGAAGCGGAUCGGGGAGGCCACGGCGCACGAGACCAGGGCCACCGGCAUCCCCUACACUUUCGCGCCAUGCGUCGCGGUGUGCCGCGACCCGAGGUGGGGUCGGUGCUACGAGAGCUUCAGCGAGGACACGAGGCUGGUGCAGCUCAUGACCUCCAACAUGGUGACCGGCCUGCAGGGCGACGUCCCCGCGAAGCACCCCAAGGGCGUCCCCUUCGUCGGCGGGUCCAAGAAGGUGGCCGGGUGCGCCAAGCACUUCGUCGGCGACGGCGGCACCACCCGGGGCAUCAACGAGAACAACACGGCGCUUAGCUUCCACGACCUGAUGCGGAUCCACAUGCCGCCCUACGACAACGCCGUUAUCAAGGGCAUCUCCUCCAUCAUGAUCUCCUACUCCAGCUGGAACGGGGUCAAGAUGCACGAGAACAAGUUCCUCAUCACCGACACGCUCAAGAACAAGAUGGACUUCAGGGGCUUUGUGAUCACGGACUGGCAGGCUGUGGACCGCAUCACGAACCCGCCGCACCAGCACUACUACCACUCCAUCAAGGAGACGAUCCACGCCGGCAUCGACAUGGUGAUGAUCCCGUACGACUACCCGGAGUUCGUCGCCGACCUGAUCAAGCAGGUGAAGCAGGGGCAGAUCAUGCUGGACCGCAUCAACGACGCCGUCAGCCGGAUCCUCCGGGUCAAGUUCACCAUGGGCCUCUUCGAGGACCCGUUCCCGGACCCGCGCCUCACCAAGGAGCUCGGCGCGCAGGAGCACCGGGCGCUCGCGCGGGAGGCCGUCCGCAAGUCGCUCGUGCUGCUCAAGAACAGCAAGAAGGGGCAGACGAAGCCGAUGCUGCCGCUGGACAAGAAGGCCAAGAAGGUCCUCGUCGCCGGCAGCCACGCCCACGACCUGGGCAGCCAGUGCGGCGGCUGGACCAUCACGUGGCAGGGCGAGAGCGGCAACAACCUCACCGGCGUCGGCACCACGAUCCUGGAGGCCAUCAAGAAGGCGGUGGACAAGAAGACGACGGUGGACUACGUGGAGCGCCCGGACAAGGACGACCUGAGCAAGAGCGCCAACGACUACGAGUACGCCGUGGUGGCGGUGGGCGAGCCGCCGUACGCCGAGACGGCCGGCGACAACAAGAACCUGACCAUCCCGUCGCCGGGGACCGAGGUGAUCAAGGACGUGUGCGGGCUCGUCAAGUGCGUCGUGCUCGUCGUGUCGGGCCGCCCGCUUGUGCUGCAGCCGUACGUGGACUACAUGGACGCGCUCGUCGCGGCGUGGCUGCCCGGCACGGAGGCGCUGGGCAUCACCGACGUGCUGUUCGGGGACUACGGGUUCACGGGGAAGCUGCCGCGGACGUGGUUCAAGUCCGUGGACCAGCUGCCCAUGAACUACGGCGACAAGCGGUACGACGCGUUGUUCCCGUUCGGAUUCGGGCUCACCACCAAGGCCGCGGGGCACAAUUAG